AUGUACUGGCGCGUCGGGUUCGCAUGGACGCGGUCGUGUGCGGUUGAUCUGGGCCGGAACCGGAGCUGCUCCUUCUCCUCCUCCUCAUUCGGCCUGUUCGGCUCCGAUGAGCAGCUUUCGUUUUAUGGGUACAUCGUCGCCUAUCCACUGCAGGACUACGGCGGGAUCAUGUCGGCUCUGGGCUCCGACUCGUGGUGGCGGAAGACGCUGUAUCUGACCGGCGGAGCCCUGCUGGCCGCCGCCGCCUAUCUGCUCCAUGAGCUGCUCGUCAUCAGGAAAGAAGAAGAGCUGGACUCUAAGGAUGCCAUCAUACUUCACCAGUUUUCCAGGCCAAAGACUGGUGCCCCAUCCCUGUCCCCGUUCUGCCUCAAAAUGGAGACCUACCUCCGCAUGGUUGACCUGCCCUACCAGAACUACUUUGAUGGGAAACUAUCACCGCAGGGGAAAAUGCCAUGGAUUGAGUACAACCGGGAGCAGGUGUGUGGCACUGAGUUCAUCAUCGACUUCCUGGAGGAGCAGCUCGGCGUGAGUCUCAACAAAAGCCUGACGCCGCACGAGAAGGCCGUGUCCCGCGCCAUCACCAAGAUGGUGGAGGAGCACUUCUACUGGACCAUCGCUUACUGUCAGUGGGUGGACAACCUGGAGGAGACGCAGAAGAUGUUGUCAGUGAGCGGGCCGCUGAGUGACCUUCUCAAGUGGAUCCUGAGUCACCUGACUGGUGGGAUCGUCAAGCGGGAGAUGUAUGGCCACGGGAUUGGACGGUUCUCAAAGGAGCAAGUCUAUGCCUUGAUGGAGAAGGACAUGCGCACACUGGCCACUCUGCUAGGUGAUAAGAAGUACCUGAUGGGCUCUAAAGUCUCCACAGUGGAUGCUGCAGUGUUCAGUCACCUGGCCCCUGCCAUGUGGACGCUACCAGGAACACGGCCCGAGCAGCUCAUUAAAGGCGAGCUGAUCAACCUGGCCAUGUACUGUGAGCGGAUUCGCCGACGGUUCUGGCCUGAGUGGUUUGUGGACUUGGAGGAUUUCUGUUACGACACCACAGAGGACAGCUACUCGGCCUCUAAGCUCCCUGAUUUGGGCCUUUACUCCCGCACGGACACGUUCCAGAAUGACACACACACACCGCACACUCACACGCCCGUGGACCCGCCAUCGCCUGACAGCGACCGCACGGGCCAAUCGCUGUACGACUCAGACAUGGACACAGAGUGCUCUGAAAUUGAGCCGCUCAAGUGUUGA